CGCGAGAAGAGCGAGCGCGGGGCAGAGCGCGGCGGCGCGGGCAGAGCUUCGGCUCCAAACUCCGUCGCUGCCGCCACGGAUCCGAUUCCGGCAGCCGUGGGCACCGCUCGCAGCCGACCAGCCGGGAGCAGCUGCGCGCCCCAGCCAGGUCCGGUGCAGCCCAGAGCAGCCAGUGCGUCUGGUGCAGCCCGGAGCAUCCUAGUACAGCGCAGAGUAGCCUGGUGGUGCAUCCGGGAGCAUCCCGGCACAACCCAGAGCAGCCCCGGGUAGCCUGGCGGCCCGGCUACGGUAGCAUGGGGACCUCCCCACGGCUCCCCUCGCCGCUCGUCACCGCCACGGCCGGCGGCCCGGGUCACAAGUGCUUCUGAGCCCAUGGCGAGGGGACCCACCGCCGCCACCGCGAUCGCCGCCGCCGCCGCCUCGGCCAGCGCCGCCAGCUCCUGGGCACCAUGCGAGCUGCUCCAAGCCUCCGCCGCGCUUCCUGCCUGCUGCUCGCCGCGAUCCUGGACCUGGCGCGCGGCUACCUGACAGUGAACAUUGAGCCCCUUCCCCCUGUGGUGGCUGGGGACGCAGUCACCCUAAAGUGCAACUUCAAGACAGACGGCCGCAUGCGUGAGAUCGUGUGGUACCGGGUGACAGAUGGUGGCACCAUCAAGCAGAAGAUCUUCACAUUUGAUGCCAUGUUCUCUACCAACUACUCCCACAUGGAGAAUUACCGCAAGAGGGAGGAUCUUGUGUACCAGUCCACAGUGAGGCUGCCCGAGGUCCGGAUCUCAGACAAUGGUCCCUAUGAGUGCCAUGUGGGUAUCUACGACCGAGCCACGAGGGAGAAGGUGGUCCUUGCCUCAGGCAACAUCUUCCUCAAUGUCAUGGCUCCUCCCACCUCCAUCGAAGUUGUGGCUGCCGACUCCCCCGCCCCUUUCAGCCGUUACCAGGCCCAGAACUUCACACUGGUCUGCAUAGUGUCCGGAGGGAAGCCAGCGCCCAUGGUUUAUUUCAAACGGGAUGGGGAGCCGAUCGAUGCCGUGCCCCUGACAGAACUGCCAGCAGCUAGCUCCGGCCCCGUCCAGGACAGCAGACCCUUCCGCAGCCUUCUGCAUCGAGAUGUGGAUGAUACCAAAAUGCAAAAGUCACUGUCCCUUCUGGACACUGAAUAUCGGGCUGGACGUCCCUACACGGAGCGCCCCUCGCGCAGCAUCACCCAGGACCCCAGCCUCUUCCUGCAGCCCACCACGGAAAACAUCCCAGAGACAGUGGUGAGCCGAGAGUUCCCCCGUUGGGUACACAGCGCCGAGCCGGUCUACUUCCUGCGCCACAGCCGCACCCCAGGCAGCGAUGGCACGGUGGAGGUGCGGGCCCUGCUCACCUGGACCCUCAACCCGCAGAUCGACAAUGAGGCCCUCUUCAGCUGUGAGGUCAAGCACCCAGCGCUGUCCAUGCCCAUGCAGGCGGAGGUCACGCUGGUUGCUCCCAAAGGACCCAAAAUCGUGAUGACACCCAGCAGAGCCCGGGUUGGGGACACAGUGAGGAUCCUAGUCCACGGAUUUCAGAAUGAGGUCUUCCCAGAACCCAUGUUCACCUGGACAAGAGUGGGCAGCCGCCUCCUAGAUGGUAGUGCCGAAUUUGACGGGAAGGAGCUCGUGCUGGAGCGGGUCCCUGCUGAGCUCAACGGCUCCAUGUACCGAUGCACUGCCCAGAACCCACUGGGCUCGACGGAUACACACACUCGGCUCAUCGUGUUCGAAAACCCAAAUAUCCCAAGAGGAACAGAGGACUCCCGUGGUUCUGCUUCCAGCUCCGAUGGCGUCCGGCUCACCCUGGUGCUUACCCUGACAGUGAUCCUGGAGCUCACGUGAAGAUGCCGUCUCCUCCUGAUGCUCCAGCGGCCCAGCAUCUCUGCGAUCGAUUUUCAUUUCUUUUCUAAACUAUUUCCAGUCUUGUUCUUAGUCUCGGCCCAUGUCUUGGCUUCCUCACUGGGUUUAAUUAAACAAACAGACCAACUUUCCCCA